CAACAGACGUCAAAUCUGAUCUCCCUCAAGAUCGCCUGCAACUUCUCUGAAAACAUCUAGCAAGACACACAAGAUCACCAUUUUCUCACAGUUAUGGCGCCUGAAAGUCACGCUUCCGGGUCCAAGGACCUGCUUGAAGGGAAGCACCAAAGCUACCCCACGACGGAACACCCUCUUCUCACGCUCGCUCCCGAACUCCACAUGCACCUCUUCAAGCACCUCGAUAUCGUGACAGCAGCCUGCGUAGGUCUUACGAACAAACACUUCUACGCGAUUCUUGGGGCUGUUCAUGGGGAGACCCCAAUCCGCUUCUAUUGCUUGACUGAGAUCAAUGACCACACUACCUUCGCUUUCACGCUACUUCCAAAUCUGCUGAAGAAGCGGAUGGAGCCCCUCGUCUGGGGCGGCAGCGUGAAUCGGUAG